AUGCCCGCUGUUGAUCCCCACUACCUCUGGGCGGCCGGCCACUCCACCGUCCUCGCCGCCACAGCCUACAUCCUCCUCCAGGCCCUCUUCUUCCGCGGCACCCCCGCCAGAACCUACAGGCUUGCAUACACCGGCGCACUCCUCUCCUACUCUAUCGUCGUCUACAAGAGCCUCGGACGGCCCCAGGCAUCCCAGGCAUGGCUCAGGCGUGCCCUUGUCGAUGAGAACUGCCAGUAUGCCCUCUUGGCCCUCUUCUGGUGGGUGGCCAAGCCCGUCAACAUCACGGUGUUGCCCUUUGCCACAUUCUCAUUGUUCCACUGCCUCACCUUCCUCCGGACUAACAUCAUCCCCAAGCUCGUCCCCGCUCCCGCUGCUCCUGCCGGUGCCGCUGGCGCUGCUGGUGCCCAGCCUGCCCGCCCCCCCGUAUUCCUCGAGACCUUGUCCCGCAAGAUCCAGGUCUGGGUCAAGUCCAACUAUGACACCGCCAUGCGUUUCGUGGCCUACACCGAGAUCGCCAUCAUCUUCCGCCUCCUCGCUGGUGUCUUGACCCUCCGCACAUCAUUCGUUACAUUGAUCUUUAUGGUCCACUUUGUGCGCCUCCGAUAUCACGCAUCCCCCUUUACCCGUGGCGCCAUCACCAACAUUACAGGCCGCAUCGACGGGUUCGCCGCUGGCAAGGGUCCCGGUGUGCAGAACGCGUGGUCGACCGCCAAGCGAUUCAUCGGUUCCUGGGGCGGUAUGCCUCUUUUGCCUGGUGAGCCUGCUGCGGCCCAAGCCCAGGGUCCUGGGGCGCAGGCAGCCGCUGCUAGGAGGUAA